GCUGAAUUCAAGAGCAUCCCCAACGCUGCGAGCGCAAAUCCAUUGACCAUGCUGGCCCUGCGACGGAAUCACCUGCUGUCGGCACACCUGCGGCGACACAAUGCGCCAAUCUUCCGCAUAUUGAGCCUCUCCACGCGGACAGAUGCACAGUUAUCGUCUACCAUCAGCGAGGUGUCGGCAGCGUCGGUGGCCGUGCCGCUCUCGCUCAAUGAACGCCUCACGAUCUACAGCCAAUUGUCCAAGGCACGAUUGAGCUCGUUGGUGGUGCUCACUGCCGGCGCGGGAUUCUUCAUGAUGGGCGGUCCGAUCUCGUGGUCGUCGUUUGCAGCGCUUUCGGUGGGCACGACGCUCGCUGCCGCUAGUGCCAACACGUUCAACCAAGCGUGGGAAGUCAAGACCGAUGCCAUGAUGAAGCGCACGAUGAUGCGUCCACUUCCACGCGGCGCCAUCACGACGAACCAUGCAGUAGCCUUCGGCGCCGCGACCGCCGUGACGAGUACCGCGCUGUUGGCAGCCGCGUGCAACCCAUUGACGGCGUCGUUGAGUCUCUUCAACAUUGGCCUGUACUCGCUCGUGUACACUCCCAUGAAGCAGACGUCUGAAUGGAACACGUGGGUCGGCGCGCUCGUCGGCGCCAUCCCUCCCGUCAUGGGCGUCACCGCCGCCAACGGAAUGCUGUUCUCACCCGAAGCCAUGCUCACGGGCGCGGCGCUGUUCAUGUGGCAGAUGCCGCACUUCUUUGCGCUCAGCUGGCGCCUUCGCCACGACUACGCGCGCGGCGGUUACAAGAUGAUUCCGUGCGCAGACCCCAGUGGGGCGAGAACUGCCGGCGUCAUCAUGCGAUACGCCGUGGGGCUCACGGCGCUCCCGCUGGCAGCCGCCGCGUCGGGGGCCACGAGCUACAUGUUUGCGCUGGAAGGUUUGGCCAUCAACGCGUACGCCGUCAACUUGGCGCGCCAAUUUUACGCCACGCCCUCGACCGCGAACGCCCAGAAAGUGUUUAUGUGUUCGCUGUGGUACCUCCCGGCGGUGCUUGGACUGAUGGUGUUCCACAGCAAGAACUGGGACGAAUCUGCCGCAACCCAACCGCAGCACGAGCCGCUUCUCCAGCUGGUCGAAGGGGGUGACGAGCCCGAGCAGUCGACGGCGGUGGUGGCCACGGACGAAUGGACGCGCAAAGUAAACGAGGUCAAGGCGUACCUCAAGGAGAUGUGUGUGCACGAGUACCUGUGGAAGGCCAGCGGCGACGUCAAGACGGACGAGUCGCACCUGUUUUGCCCAGUUGUCGUCACUGAAUCGGCUGUCGACACGGUGCAAACCACCCGUGCCAUCACAAAGGACCUCCCCCGAGCCAUCCAGUAAAAGUAUCAUGACCAAGAAGUGAACGUAGAAUUAAAAUAUGUAUCAUCUGCGGCUCCUAGCUACGGUAUAUACGGCGACAUUGCAUGUGUUGUUAUAAAGUCGAAGUAUAUUGUGAACAUGGAGGUUGAAUAUUAGACGACGG